CACUAUUCAAGAUUUAGACAUGAAGAGAAAGUCGUAAUUGUGGCGAUGUCGUAAACCGAAGUUACACCCGAAUGAAUCCGAAGUUGGAUUUAUGGUUAACUGAUCUAUGUGGCGAAUUCAUUCAACGUGCUGCUUGCGUUCUUAUAUUGUGGACACGAUCCUCAGUGAAGCGAUUUUUUGUUUAAAUAAUCGCCGAGAGGUUUUUAAAUAAAAUAAACAGUUUUCUAAUAAAUCCAAGUAUAAAUUUAACAAAAUGACUGAUGAAGUUAAUCCAAAGGCCUAUCCUUUAGCGGAUGCCACUUUGACUGCCAAAAUAUUGAAUUUGGUACAACAAGCAAUGAAUUACAAACAGUUGAAAAAAGGAGCUAAUGAAGCUACCAAAACAUUGAAUCGUGGAUUAUCAGAAUUUAUCGUAAUGGCUGCAGAUGCUGAACCAUUAGAAAUUUUGUUGCACUUACCACUUCUUUGUGAAGAUAAAAAUGUUCCAUACGUUUUUGUGAGAAGUAAACAAGCUUUAGGAAGAGCUUGUCAAGUAUCCAGGCCUGUGGUAGCUUGUUCAGUUACAGUAAAUGAAGGAUCACAACUUAAACCACAAAUUCAAGCCAUUCAACAAGAAAUUGAACGUCUUUUGGUUUAAAUUGAACAUUUUCUGCUGUAUAUGAAUUAAUUUUAUAUCCAAAAAGUGUAUUUGUUAAUUUUUUACUUGCUAAAUAAAAAAACUAAAAAAAAAA